UGAUUGGUUGAGAAGACAGACAGUGUUUCCCCUCUGCUGAUUGGCUGUGGAGCUGCAGACCCUUUGAUCAGUGCAGACUGAGCACACUCAGUGGGACUCUACCUGCACAGCCUCACCAACAGCUUCUUCAACAGUCUCUGCAGAGCAAGAUUAGUAAAGAUGGCCUACGUUCCAAGAAGAAGAUGGAGCAAAAACCUCCGUCCUGAUCUGUCUGAACUGAUGAACACAUUUAUUACACAUGCAACUUCCUUCAUCAGAAGGUUCGCCAACAGUGAAGAGAAAAUGAGACAGAUUGAAGGAGAGUUUAGGAAGAUCGCUGAUGGAGUCAGAGAGAUACAGGAGGGAGCAGGAAGAGUCAUAACAGCAGGGGCUGUUGCUGGAGGACUAGGACUAGGAGCAACAGUAGGACUAGGAAUCCUGGUUGUUGCUGCUUGGUUCACUGGGGGGGUUAGUCUAGCAGUAGGACUGUUAGCAGUAGCAGUGGGACUGUUAGCAGGAGGAGGAACAGUAGCCAGAGGAGCAGCUGUGGUUUUUGGUGGAAAUGUAACAAAAGCAAUGAAAGAGAAUGGAAGUGCAAAGAAAGUAGAAGAGCUGGGGAAAGAGUUCAUGGAGAUGGUUGAACCGCUGAAGAACAACCUGGAAAAAAUAAAGAAGACAUGUGAGAAGUUGGAGGACAGAUCAGCUGAACUUCAGGCUGGAAAGACUCUGACAGACAUGGAGGACUUUCAGAGGAUUCUGGGACAAGUUCCUGAACUGGCACCAAGUAGUGGAGUAGUUUGGUCUAAAAAGCUAGGAAACACCAUCAUCCAGUCAGCUGAUCUCUGUCAAAAAGUCUUGAAUGACUUAGAGAAGAUGAGGGAAGAACUCUAAGACUUUAGUGUAAAGUAAAGAUAGAAGCAGCAGGGAGAAGAAACCGCUGAUCAGAACCCCUCAACAUUUAUCUAACCACAAGGUACCUCCUCACCUCUACUCACCUUUUUAGGUUUUCCAUGACGAUAAAAGUCCCUGGUACCUGCUAACAAGUACUUUAUAUAGUACUACAUAAAGUAC